UGCAUCAGUCGCUAAGCUCAGUAACUGAGCAUGUGCAGAGCUGUCAACCAACUCCAUGUCAAGAGGGAGAUAAUGAUUGGAUUUUUUUUGCCUAAAUUCCUCUUUAUACUAAAGGAGAACAUGAAAUAAGACCUCAAAAAGGCCUGGGGUUGAUCAUUAUUUGCCUCAUUGGUUGACAGCUCUGCAUGUGCAGUGAAUCAGCAGAAAAGAAGAUGGAAAACUACAGGAGGAUCUUUGGAGACACAGAUUUUUACUGCCAAAGGGCUGGGGUUCCCUUGAGCAGGUGAAAAAGCCCAAAACAUAAUGUACAAUGUUUUUGCCCUACUUCUUCUUUAGUUUUUCUUUAAGUAAAUAUUAAGUAAAUAUUUGUCAGUACAGUUGAGUUAUUAAAAGCAGUGACCUGCCUCCCAAGGCAAAAUCUCUUAAUAAUUUACUGGUGAAAUGUUUUGGCCUUUAGCAUGGCAAACUGUGUUGUGAACUUUAAACCAAGGCACACUCUACUGAUCUUCAGAGUGGGGCUAUUAUUAUUAUUGUGUGCUGAUACUUAUUCCACAACAGAAAUUUUAUCACAGUCUUUUUCACAUACGUAGAACAGCUGUUACAUGUGUCCUCUGCACUCUCUACAUUUUUAGAGCAAAGCAUUUUCAGGUAUAUGUGGUACAGAUGGCCAAAGUGUUGCAGCUUCUGCCAAUAAAACGUGCUCUGUCCACCAAAAUAAGCAUUUCAUCUAGGAAGAUGAUGUCUCUGCAGACAGAUGCCAAGCAAAUAUUUUGGAGAGCAGUUUCUGCUGUUCUGCCACCCAGCAUGUUAGGGCGAAACCUAGCAGUGAAAGAUAAUGGUGGCUCCUCUGUUCUGCAAUGUGGGGACAAGGAGUUUCCUCUGCACAAAAACCUCUACUUGGUGGGAUUUGGAAAAGCUGUGCUUGGAAUGGCAGCUGCAGUUGAGAGAAUUGUGGGAAAUCAUCUGCUUCAUGGCAUAAUCAGUAUACCCAAAGGGAUGGAAGAGACACUUAAACAAGCUGGAAAGAGAGAAAUGCUCCUGUCUCCAGACUCAAGGAUCAGUGUGUUGGAAGGUGCAGAACAAAACAUGCCUGACAAAGCAGCACUGAAGGCAGCAGGACAAAUACAGAGCCUUGCAGAGAAACUGACAGAGAAAGAUGUACUUCUAGUGCUGAUCUCGGGUGGAGGCUCGGCACUCUUGCCUGCACCAGUUCCUCCUCUUACAUUACAGGAUAAGCAAAUAGUAACAAAACAGCUGGCUAUGAAGGGAGCAACCAUACAUGAGUUAAACACACUGCGCAGGGCCCUGUCACAGCUAAAAGGUGGUGGGCUUGCCAACAUAGCAUACCCAGCCCAGGUGCUCAGCUUGAUUUUGUCUGAUGUAAUAGGAGAUGACCUUGAUAUCAUAGCAAGUGGCCCCACAGUUCCCUGCACACACAAUAAGCAAGACUGUCUACAUAUACUAAGCAAGUACAACUUAAGAGAGUCUGUGCCAGGGGCAGUGGAAUUGGCAUUGCUCAACUUGCCACAAGUACAACUGAACAAAGAUUUUAGCCAUGUCUAUAACAUUCUCAUUGGUUCCAACCUUAUUGCACUGCAAGAAGCCAAGGAGAAAUCCACAGAACUAGGUUAUCAUACACUACUCAUGUCUACUUCUUUUAAUGGUGAUGUAAGGAAAGUAGGAUACUUUUUUGGGUGCCUUGCUCAGGUAAUUUGCUCCAUACUGACACAUAACCCAGAGGAAGCUCUGCAGGAGCAAGAGCUCCUAGCUUUGGCCAAUGAUCUUUCUAUAACUGACUUAUACAUUGCAGAUAAUUUGCAGUCAUUAAGAGAAUCUGGUAAUGUACAAUCAGUUUGUAUCCUGUGUGGAGGGGAGACAACAGUGCUUGUACAGGGAAAAGGCAAAGGAGGUAGAAACCAGGAACUGACUCUGAGAGUGGCACAAGAAUGGCACAAGUCUCCAUUUCGCUUAAAUGGCUGUGACGUUUUGUUUUUGAGUGGUGGCACAGAUGGGCAAGAUGGACCCACAGAAGCAGCGGGCGCUUAUGCUUACCCAGCACUGGUGAGGCAUGCUCAGCAGAGCGGACUUGAUGCAGAAUGCUUUUUAACGCGCAGCGACUCUCACACCUUUUUUUCUCAGUUUCAAGAUGGCAAAUAUCUUCUUAAUACUGGUUUGACUGGGACAAAUGUGAUGGAUGUCCAAGUGCUUUUGAUAAGGCGAGCAACAGAUAGACAGUGAAAUCAGCACUGCCUGGAAUACUAAUUUUAAAUGAAAAUCAAUAGACAUUUAGUUUUAGAAUCGUGAUGUCCUGCUAUGGGUUUUAUCCCAAUAAUUAUGUGAUCACAUGUAAAUAUACCUUAAUAAACUGUAUAUAUAUAUAUAUAUAUAAGCCUUCAUUGUUGCAUAAAAUCUUACCUGAAAUAUG